UUAUCUGCAUCUCAGUGUUUAGAAAGAAGUCAUGUGAGCUUCUGAGCUGCGGGGACAGAGACAGUGGAGAACGUGUGCAUCAGUGCAGAGUGCUGCUGGAGCCGUGGCAGAGCGAGAGGGAGGCAGAGGGAGCCUGAGAGAGAAAAGGCGAAGUGGUGGGAGCUGGAACAGCAGCAUCUGCUGCUGCUGCACGCUGCAGCUCAUGCCUGGGAGCCGGCUCUGCUGCCAGCACGCCUCUCUGAGGGCGCAGGUGCCUCACAUCCAAAAGUCCUAGGUGGUCAGUGGCACUUCCAGGAGCCAAGCACAGCGGCUUUAUUAUUUUCUUUUCCUGCCAAGAGCACCUGUUUGAGGACUCCGCUUCUUUUCCUGGACUGAAAGCAUACUUGCCUCCUGCUGUGUGCACUCCUCCUGGUCUCGGACUGUAGCCCUAUGGAUGCCCCCAUACAGAUUUUCCGUGAGGAGCCAGACUCCACCUGCUCCCCAGGGCCCUGCCGGCCCCCCAGCACCAGCAGCAGCUGGCUCCCGGGCUGGGCAGACUAUGACACCAAUGCCACUGGGGGCUUUGGGGACGGCCAGCACAACCACACCAGCAUCUCCCCUGCCAUUCCCAUCAUCAUCACCGCCGUCUACUCGGUGGUCUUCGUUGUGGGCUUGGUGGGAAACUCUCUGGUCAUGUUUGUCAUCAUAAGAUACACAAAGAUGAAGACAGCGACCAACAUCUACAUCUUCAACCUGGCUAUGGCAGAUGCACUUGUUACCACAACUAUGCCUUUCCAAAGCACCGAGUACCUGAUGAACUCCUGGCCCUUUGGUGACGUGCUGUGUAAAAUAGUGAUUUCUAUUGACUAUUAUAACAUGUUUACCAGCAUUUUCACACUCACCAUGAUGAGUGUGGAUCGAUACAUUGCUGUGUGCCACCCUGUGAAGGCUCUGGACUUUCGUACACCUCUCAAAGCAAAGAUAAUCAACAUCUGUAUCUGGCUGCUGUCCUCAUCUGUUGGUAUAUCAGCAAUAGUCCUUGGAGGGACUAAAGUCAGGGAAGAUACUGCUAGCACUGAAUGCUCCUUGCAGUUUCCAGACAGAGAUUAUGUGUGGUGGGACAUCUUCAUGAAAAUCUGUGUCUUUGUCUUUGCAUUUGUUAUUCCAGUUCUCAUUAUAAUUGUUUGCUAUACUCUGAUGAUUCUGCGCCUGAAAAGCGUCCGGCUUCUCUCUGGGUCUCGAGAGAAAGAUCGAAACCUGCGCCGCAUCACCAGGUUGGUGCUUGUGGUUGUGGCAGUCUUUAUCAUCUGCUGGACUCCAAUUCACAUUUUCGUGCUGGUGGAGGCCUUAGGGGACGUGUCCCACAGCACUGCUGCCAUAUCCAGCUAUUACUUCUGCAUUGCUUUGGGUUACACCAACAGCAGCCUCAACCCAAUCCUUUAUGCCUUUUUGGAUGAAAACUUCAAGAGAUGCUUCAAGGACUUCUGCUUCCCCUUCAGGAUGAGGAUGGACAGGCAGAGCACCAGCAGAGUCAGAAACACUGUGCAAGACCCAGCUUACAUGAGGGAAGCAGGUGGGGCAAACAAACCUGUAUGACUAGUCGUGGAAAUGUCCUCCUACUGUCCUCAGGAGAGAGAGGAGUCCAACGACCUAGGACUGACACAGAUUACCACUGCAGUUUGAAAUCGACUCACCCAGACAGACAUUUCUGGAAUAUUGCAGAAAUCCCAGCAAUUUGGACUAAAGCAAGUUUACUAUCAAUAAACAAGAAUCUCCUGAAAAUCGGCUCAAGUGAAAAGGACCUGGAUGAUGCUCACGUUUUGGCACCGUAUCUGCUGAACUUGAGCCAGCGCUAAAACACA